AUGCCACCAAAAAAAGGAAACUCGAAAUCGGCCAAACCAUCCAAAAGCGACGACUCCGGCGAUAAAGGUGGAAAAGAGAAAAAAGGUAGUGGUACAUCAAUUAAAGUAAGGCACAUUUUAUGCGAGAAACAAGGCAAAUGUUUAGAAGCCCUAGAAAAAUUAAAAGCGGGUCAAAAGUUUCCGGAAGUAGCUGCUGCCUAUAGCGAAGACAAGGCCAGAUCGGGCGGUGAUUUAGGUUGGAUGACAAGGGGUUCGAUGGUAGGACCUUUUCAAGAUGCUGCCUUUGCUUUACCUAUUUCAACUGUAAACAAUCCGGUGUAUACUGACCCUCCGAUUAAAACCAAAUUCGGUUAUCACAUUAUCAUGGUGGAAGGUAAAAAAUAA